AAUCAAUCGGACGAUAUUAUAAACUGGUCGUUUUGGCUUUCGACGAUCUGCGGACGACGACCAUGGCGCCGAUUUUUAGAUCCAAUUCCCUUCUCGUGUUGUUCGUCUGCCAGAUUUCUCUCUUUUUCCUAUUUUCUUCCAGUCUUCCGAUCUCAUCUGGGUCUGAGGAUAGCUACACAAUCACGGGUAGAGUAAGGAUCCCAGCAAAAGCUAUUAUGGCAGGCACUGUGAUUGGUCAUGCAGCAAAGUUCUCGAAUAUCAAAGUUAUACUCAAUGGUGGACAGAAUAUUACUUUCCUCAGGCCAGAUGGAUAUUUCACAUUCCACAAAGUGCCAGCUGGGACUCAUCUGAUUGAAGUUAAUGCGAUGGGCUACUUCUUUUCUCCAGUGAGAGUUGAUGUUAGUGCUCGGCAUCGUGGCAAGGUUCAAGCAACACUAACAGAAACCAGGAGAAGUCUUUCUGAGCUGGUUUUGGAGCCACUGCGAGCAGAGCAAUACUAUGAGAUGCGAGAGCCUUUUAACGUUAUGUCAAUUGCAAAAAGUCCAAUGGGUCUUAUGGUGGGAUUCAUGGUCGUUGUUGUGUUCUUAAUGCCUAAGCUGAUGGAAAACAUAGAUCCAGAAGAAAUGAAGAGCGCACAAGAGCAGAUGAGAAGCCAAGGAGUGCCUUCACUCUCUAGCUUGUUGCCAGCUAGCCGCUGAUAGUUCUUCAGCAGCGUUAACCAAGAAACAGUCCAAGACAAAGGGACUUUUAACUUGUAAAACAGUUAAAGAGCUUCCAGGAUAGGCUUCAAAGAAAUGAGCGACAGCAAAUUCCUAAAGCGAUCUAACAUUGGGUUUACAAGAUUGGUUAGUGUAGAGACUGAUGUUGUGAAGUGACUCUCAAACUGACCUCAAUUAAGUGUGCAUUUUUUUUUUUUUUUCUAUUCAUGUUGAAUGAAUUGCUCUUUCUGUCUUCCAUUAUUUUUUGGUUUAGAAUUUUGAAAUCCAUUUAGAAAAACUACACGAAUAUUCAGAUCAUAAAUAAAGUUACAUGUUCCAACAAUU